UCGGUUCUCUUGGCCAUCAUCAACAAACUGUUCGAUCAAUCAGGCAUACACGGCAUAAUAAUAAAUAGCAGCAUUUUAGAAGUUUUCCGGAAAAAAAUAUUCUGCCUAGAGAAAGCGGUCAAGAAAGCAAGUAAGUGUGGUGGAAGGCAAUUAAAUGCGCUUGUCACAAAGUUGAGAACUGGUCCUUGCUAUUCAUUUAAGGUGUAUUAUAACGAGGUUGAUGUGGUUCAGCUAAAAAAUGAGAACACCAAGUUAAGGGGAGAGAAAAGAGUUUUAGAGGAAUCACUAGUACAGGAAAAGGCACAGCGAUUGCAAGUUGAUAAAAAAGCCCAAGAAGCUCUCGAGAAAGCUGAGAAGAAACGGGCCUUCUACAAGAAAAAAUUUGUGCAAUUGGCCAAAAAAGUGAUCAAAAAUGGGAAGAAAGGAAGAGGCCCCUCUAACAAGAAGUUUCAUGAUUAUUCCAAGCACCACCAGAAGAGAAUAAAAAACCAGUUGAAGGAGGAAUGCCAAACUACACUGUCCUUUCUUGGGAUGUACAAUUUUAUUGCUACCAAAAUUGAAGUACUUAACACUGACACUAAUCAAUAUGAAACUUUCAAUCUUGUUGGGGAGGGAGAACUGGCAUUCACCCAAAGGAACUUACUAAUGAUGACCUUGAUAACAUAAAUAUGUGGCUGUAUCUGAAAGAUAAGUUCAAUAUUUCAAAUGAGGCCUGGCAUGAAAUUGCCAUGAAAGCCAAUGGUGUUCCCAAUACCUAUUCCAUCAAGAAGCGAAUCAAGGAACUAAACAGUAAGUGGAACCUGAAACCAACUCCAGGAGAUACUGAGGGUGUUCAGUUAGGAUUUUCUGACAGUUUGCAAGAACACAUUGUGAAGCUUCAGCAAACUGGAGAGAUCAAAGGUGGGGAAACUAUUAAGAUCAAACUUAGUGGUGAUGGAACAAAUAUCGGAAAGAGGCUUACAGUUGUCAAUUUCACUUUUACUAUUCUGAAUGAAAAGGAACUGGCAAUGGGUGAGAAAGGUAACUAUGUACUUGCUCUUAUAAAAACUACAGAGACAUAUGAUAAUACAAGAGAGAGCCUGGCUGACCUUCGAAUGGAAAUGUCAAACUUAAAGGAGAUAAGUGUAAAUAAUUGCACCUAUCAAAUUGAGUACUUUUUAGGUGGUGACUGGAAAUUUUUAGCGCUGGUCUGUGGACUAGGUAGGGCAAAUGAGGAUUAUGCUUGCGUGUGGUGCAAGUGUCCCAAGCAGCAACGAUGGGACAAAAGCAAAAAGUGGUCGAUCAGUGACCCCACAUUUGGUGCCAGAACUAUCGACGAAAUAGCAAGGUUUUCAAUCGGAAAAAAAUUCAGCUAUAAGGCAAGACCAUUAUUCGAUUUUAUACCAAUGGAUCAUGUUAUUAUAGAUAAAUUACAUCUUUUCCUGAGGAUCUCAGAUGUUUUAAUUGACCUGCUCAUAAGAGAGUUGAGAAGAAGUGAUGCUAUCGAAAAAAAGAAAACUUUCUCUGACAGCUUCCCAAGAGAUAAGCAAAAACACAUGGCAAGUUAUGAGGAAUUCGUCAAAAGCAUUGGAAUCUCUUUAAAUUUUAGAAUUAAUAAAGAGAGUAAAAAGCUGGAAUAUAGAGAUCUUACGGGACCAGAAAAAUUGAAACUGUUUCAGAAUAUUAACAUUCCUACGCUUCUUCCUCGGUGCAGGCAAAACAAAGAAAUACAAGUGAUGUGGCAAAAAUUUAUGGAGUUCAUUGGUGAUUUGAAACUAGAUUUUACAUCGGAGGAUGACAUUCUUCAACUGCAAGGAGAUGUCAAAUCAUGGUUUGGACUCUUUCUUAAUGUGUACCAAGCAAAGGAUGUGACCCCUUACAUGCAUGCACUACAUUGCCAUGUUCCUGAAUUCCUGUCACUGUAUCAAAACAUUGCACAUUACACUCAACAAGGUUUGGAAAAAUACAACGAUAGAGCUUCUAAAGACGUUUUCAGAUCCUCAAAUCACAAAGAAAUUGAUGCACUUAAACAACUCUUUCUGAAGACAAACAGGAUUUAG